UUCCCAUUUUCCCUUGCAGUACUCUUGUAUGCAUCCUGCUCAUAUGCUGCCACUAUAAUUGCCUUCCGUGGACAAACUGCCCGACUUCCCUGUAAUGCUUUCCUUCACAUGCAAGCCAGAGUUGACCCCAACACAGUCAUAGUAUCAUGGACAGAGAUGGAAUUACCUUAUGACCUUGUGAACUCAUCCCACAUACUAAAUGGUCGCUAUCUCCUGGAUAUCACCGACUACAGCCUGUUAGUGGAAAAUGUCAGCCCGUACACAGACAACCGCACAUUCCGCUGCCUUGCACGAGGUACUGCCAACCCAGCAUCCCUCACCACCACCACUGCUGGUCUUACAGUUGGGAUCACACAAGCCACUCUAACCACCAAAGCAGAUCCUCUUGAUGAGAGGAACGACACCACUACAACUGAUAUUUACAAUGAAACCAUGACAACCAAUGAGCCUCCUCCACCACCAAUGCUUCUUCAGGUUGAGAUGGAGCUAACUAACACCUCUGAUGUAAUGCUGUUUGUUUCAGAACCUAUCCCACCAGGUGAGCCUAAAGCCUUGAAGAUAGACAGCACAUCCCUGGUAUUAAAAUGGUUGCCUAGCGAUGGUCCUGUAUCCAACUACACUGUCUAUCUCAGGAAAGGAAACUACACAUCUACCUGGGAUCUGGCAGUCAACCAGCCACCAGGAGCAUAUUCUGAAUACACGGUCUACGGACUCAUGCCUUAUGAAUACUACCAGUUUCAAGUGAGGGCUCACUUCUCUACUGGGUACUUCAAAGACAGUCCUGUCUCUAGACUCAUCCGUACAGCACAAGGGAAACCGUCCUUGCCACCUAGUAAUGUGACUGUAUCAACUAGGGGACCUACUACCAUUGCUGUCUCCUGGCUACCACCCCCUCCAAGCAGUCUCAAUGGUGUCCUUCAGAACUACAAGCUCAUGAUAUCACCUGGAAGUCAGAUCAUCAAACUUGGCCCUUCCACCUUGAGCACAGUGAUAACAAAUAGAAAACCCUACACACAGUAUGUUGUGACUAUUGCUGUUGUGAAUAGUGCCAAUGAAAGCAGUCCAUUCAGUCCUACAGUCAAUACUACAACGGAUGAAUCAGUUCCAGGAGCACCCCAUGGUGUUAUUCAGGUGGGUAAGAAUCCUAGGAGUCUUCAAGUCUUCUGGAACAAACCAAACCUUCAGAAUGGCAAGAUCCUCUUCUACUAUGCCUACAUCAAGAGAAAAGAUUCAGUUUUCUGGAGUCGGUUCAGUACAAACAAACAGCAUCAUCUUUUCACCGGGCUAGAGAUCUUCACUGAUUACAUCAUAAGAGUGUCUGCCUCCACCAUUGCAGGAGAAGGACCAAAUAGUACUGCUCUCCAUGAGAAGACAGAUGUAACAGCUCCCAGUGAGCCUCGCAAUAUCACCAUUACUGUCAUUGGACCUAAUACGGCUCGUGUCUCUUGGAUGGAGCCCAUCACCUUCUACAACUCUAUUGACAGUUAUACUGUCUCCUUCCGAGAGAUCAAUGACUCCACACCAAAAAUUGCUGCCGAGAUCACCAACACCUCGCGUGUUUUGUACAAGCUGCGUGAAGAUGCAACAUAUGAGGUUAUCGUUAGAGCAUUCACUAUGAGCACGUUUCUUGGGAGAGGCCUCCUCCAGGGCGAGGCAUCCUUUCCUCAGCAAUUUGUCAUGUCAUAUAUCCCUCCUACAUCUGGAUUGACUCCAGGAGGUACAGUCAAACCUAGAGAAGAUGCUGGACGUGUUGUAGGUGUGGUCUUUGCACUUUUCGUGUUGCUUGGUCUAAUUUUAGGUGUACUGGGUUUUGUAGUUCUUAGGAUGCGGAAAAAGGAUCGUAUGUCUUUUGAGAAACAUGGGAAUGGUAUGGCACCAACAUUCUGCAGGCCAGAUGAUCUUGAGGAGCCAGCCAUUCAUAUCAGCAAAUUUGAGAGUCAUGUGAUCGCCAACCAUGCCAAUAGUGAUGGAGGAUUUGCAGCUGAAUAUGAGGAGAUUCAGCGUGUGCCUACAUCAUUCCCAGCAACAUUCAGCACGGACCCUGAAACUAAACACAAAAACAGAUAUACAAAUAUUGUCGCAUAUGAUUCAUCCCGUGUGUUGUUACAACCAAUCCCUGGUGUUCCUAACUCAGACUACAUCAAUGCAAAUUAUAUAGAUGGAUUCAACAGGCAAAAGGCAUACAUAGCCACUCAAGGUGCAUUGAAGACUACAUUUGAUGACUUUUGGCGCAUGGUGUGGGAGCAGAAAUCAGUGGUCAUUGUUAUGAUUACAAAGCUAGAGGAAAGAGGAAGGAGGAAAUGUGAUCGUUACUGGCCUGCAAAGGGAACUCCAGAGAGGUACAAUGAAAUAGAAGUCACAUUAGAAUUGAAGGAGAAGUUUGCCAGUUACACACUAAGAACAUUCCUGCUCAAGCAUCGACACAAAAAAACCCAAGAAAAUUUUGCACAUGGUAAGGUACCGGAGAGAAGGGUCUACCACUUCCAUUACACAGACUGGCCUGAUCAUGGUGUCCCUCCCUACACACUCCCAGUGCUGUCCUUCAUCCAGCGUUCAUCGGCUGCUAACCCUCCGGAUGCUGGACCAAUUAUUGUCCAUUGCAGUGCUGGGGUAGGUAGGACAGGCACUUACAUUGUGAUUGACACCAUGCUGAAACAGAUGCAAGCUGAGGAGAAAGUCAAUGUCUUUGGAUUCCUCAAGAGAAUAAGAACUCAGAGGAAUUACUUGGUACAGACAGAGGAACAAUAUGUGUUCAUCCAUGAUGUCCUACUGGAGUGGUUGAGAGCAGGUAAUACAGUAGUCAAAUCAACAGAGCUCAGACAGUAUGUGGAUAGAAUGACGUUACCUGAUGAAGUUGGAAGGAUUGUCCUGGAUGAGCAGUUCAAUCUUAUAAUGAAAAUGAAGCCCAGAGAUUAUGAGUUCAACAAGGCAAGACAGAGUAAACACAAGAAUAGAGAAAUGGAGCUUAUUCCAGUUGAGAGGAGUCGAGUACCUAUCUCAGGAGUCCCUGGUGUGGAUGGUUAUAUCAAUGCUUCAUUCUUACAGGGAUACCGACGUCAGAAUGAGUACAUCGUGACCCAGUACCCAUCCUUGGACACCAUGGAAGACUUUUGGAAGAUGCUUUGGGAACAUAAUUCUACCACCAUCGUCACCCUGACUGACGAUCAGAAGGUCCAGGAAGAUGAACCUAUCUACUGGCCAACCAGUGUAGAUGAACCCUUGACCCUUGGAGCAUUGACCAUCACACUGUGUGAGGAGGAACACUCUAAUAUCUCCUUUAUUACAAGAGAAUUCUUGGUCCAGUCAUCACAGGAUGAUGAUCAGCUUAAUGUGAGGCAGUAUCACUGUAGCUAUUGGCCAGACUGUUGCUCUCCGCUUCAUACAGCCUUUGAUCUGAUCUAUGCAGUUCAGAAGAGGAAUGAGUUCCUAGAGAGAUCCAACAAGGACACUGUUGGACCCAUCACAGUUCAUGAUAGGAAUGGAGGUUGCCAGGCAGGGACAUUCUGUGCUCUAUCAACCCUACAUCAAGAGAUGGUCCAUGAAGAAGCAGUAGACAUCUAUAAGACAGUCAAACUGUAUGCAGCAAAGAGACCUAAUCUUAUCCCAUCAAAGGAGGACUACUAUUAUCUCUUCAGGGCACUCCAGAGUUGCCAUUCGGCAGAGCUUCAGAUCAGGAGUCUCCGACGUCAGGGAUCACGUAGAGGAAUCUUGGAUGGAUCGACUGCACCUAAUGGACGAGAAUGGAACUUUCUCAGGAGCCCAGGACAUGUAGAUCCAGGCAGCAUGCGACUAUCAGAUUCAGUGCGGAAUAGCUCAUUGGACAGUGACGGUUUUUAUCGGACUCGUAGUCAGACCAUGACAAGCGCAGGCCCGCAGCGUCAUGUUAGGCCCUCCAAGUUCUGGCAUCGGCGUACCAAGUCAGAAAAGCGGAAGCCGCUUAACCCACCCAAUGCCAAUGUAACCCGACGCAGCUCUCUAGCCACAACGCCAGGUGACCGCACUCCAAGCGAAUCUCUGGGAGAGGUAUAUGAACUGAUUAAUGUAAGAUCCAAGGACUCUGCUCCAAACUCACCAACGGGUGAUGAAGAGUUUGUAUUGGUUAAUGAGAAGGGCAUGACCUCUGGGGAUCCUCUGGUCUCAUCUGAAAUCCAUGACUCAUCAGGAGAGGUCUCAAAUGGGAACAUUGAAGGGACAGAAGAGAAGGCAUUGAGAGGAAAGUCAAAGGAAACAGCUUACAGGCCGGUCUCUCAAUUAUGCGAUGAUGACAGGGAAUGUAUGGAUGUUGAUGGUGAUGAUGAUGAUGGAGAUGAUGACAUUCCUGCUAAUGAGUGUACACUCAAUGAGGAUUUGGACAACUUGAACAUGAAUGGUGAGAUGGUAAACUUGAAUGUGAAUGGUGCUAUAGACCUGUAUGAUGAGCCACAGGAUGUAGACAUGGACACGAACAUUUCAGAAUUCAAUGGAGAGGUGACCCCUCUUGACCUUCCUACAGAAGUCAUAAGUAAGCUCAGUGAGGAGAGUAAGCAUUAUCGCAGUCAAGAAUCUGUAAACAGUGCACAGGAGACUGAACCUUUAAAUGCAGAUUCAUCAUCGUAGAACAUCUUACAGUUAACUUUCAGCUUUCAGUUGACUUUAUCACUUGACUUUGUGACACUUGAGAGGUGCCCCUUUGAAGAGAUUCCUUCAAUCAUAGCCAAAGCUGUACUUAGACCAAAUGGGAAAUUCAUUGUCAGUGCUAACACAUUACCAACUGUGAACUUCAUUGUACAAUUAAAAGUAGUCCUUAAUGGGCUCUUGUUUAAAUGUCCUCAUUUCUACCACAUAUAUGAAAAGUAAGGUCUAUCCACUUCAUCAUGUGGACUGUGUGUAUGCAGCAUGUCCUCAGUAACCCAACACAAGGUUUCUGAGGGGUAUGUUUUUCUUAACAUACAUGAUGGAUUUGUCAUUUAAGUAAAGGAUAUGCCCUCAGUAUAUGUGCAAGUUCAUGCUAAGAACUACCAUAAUUGGCUGACAUAUGUAAGAGGUGCUGACAUUUGUAAGAGGUCUUGUCAUCACUUGUGUAUGUAGGGUAUAGCCUCACAACCUUAUACUGUAAGUGUGUAUGUUUGGCUUGUUCUCAGUUUCAUACCCUUGUUGGUAUUUCCCAGCAAAUGACACUUAACUCUGUCAUAUACAGUAUUACCUAUAUGCAGCCUGUUGUACAAGCUCUAUACUAUAUUGGACAAAGCGCUUUCCCAGCUUGUGAAUAUGUACCAUUCCCACUAAGUGCUCGUUUGAUUCUAUUUCUUUUGUGUAUAGACUUACUUGAUGUAAUAUAUAGAAAUUAUAAAUGAUGACAUUCUUGGAUGUUGAUGCAUUUAGGUUGAGUAACAUGUUCUGGAUUGCUUGAUUCAUAUGUUAUUGCUCUUGAAGAGAGACUAGUAGGUAUAAAAGAGGAUAUACUUAUAGUUCUAUAGGAACUGGAAAAUUAACUCAGAUUGUGUAGGUUGGCCAAGUAGAAUACAAAAGGGUAUUUCCAUAAUUUAAUUUUGAAGAUAAAAGGGGAACUGAUAUUUGAAGAACAUUCAAAAUAUUGUAUUUGGCAUAAUAAUGUGCUCCAGUAAGUUUAUUUGAAUAACCUUAUGGUGAAAUUUGGAGGUAUUCAAAUAAUGUGAUCAUAGUUAUGAUGAGAAUCAUUUGCAGAGUAAUCAAUCAAUACACUGAAAAUAUUUUACUAGUUGGUAUUAUGUUUUUAAGAAAUGUAUGGUGUUUACAUCAUUAAUAUUGUGUUUGUACAUGAAUAUAAUACACUGAGCUAUUCAAAGAUCAUUGGCAUCAGUCAAAUAUCAAGUAAAAUACUUUUGAUGGUUUAAAUGCGAUUACCCAUGCCAUUUUCAAGCAUAGAUGCUAUUUAAUUUUGAAAUUUAAAAAAUUGGUGCUACUCUAUUUCUUUCUUACUUGCUAAUAAUGUCUUAUAACAUCUCUGCCAUAGUGUUAAUUUCAUGAUGACUUUACCUCCUUUGUUUUGCAACUAAAUUUUGUUUGAAGGUAAAUAAUUUUAUGUUUAUGUUUGCCUUUGUUCUUGCCUAUGUUUGCACUUUGUUAACAAGCAGUUUUUUCUUCAUUUGAUUUAUUAUAGAUUCAAGAGGUGUUGGUAUUUGAAAAACUAUUACCCUUAUACAUCAUUAUUAUACUAGUUAUGUUCUUUUUUUUUCCAAUAGAGAUAUAAAUGCAAUAGAGCAAGUUUAGUUUGAGAUCAUUAAUACUACAAAGAGAUUUAGACUUUAAUUGUAGGUCAAUGGUGAGAACAGUUUAAAGCAUGCAGGUUUUUAAAAAAAAAAAGAUUACCAA